AUGGCGGUUGGGGGACAGGGGAGGAAGAAAGGAAACAGGUUCUUUCUGCGUCUAUGCUAUUGGGAAGAAUGGCAGAAAGAGGAAAGAAAGGAAGAGCAGGAGGUUUUGAAGGUUCUGUGGGGGAAGAUUGGACAUCCUAGUACACGCAACGCCGACAAUUCAGGUCUGCAGCUCAGCGGGGUCCGGGCAGGAGGUGGCAAUUUGGGUGUCACCUGCACUCUGCACCGGACUCAGGGAACCGCGGACGCACUAGGGUCCCCGCUACUGACCGCUGCCCCUCGGCGGCCCAAGGGGCGCCUCCACCAGCCGAGCGUGCGCUCCCAGGGCGCAGGUGCGCAGGCGCGGCGUCGCCUAGCAACCAGGGACAACACAGAGCGGGAGGCGCGCGCCGGCGGCGGCCAGAAGUGUUUGCUAGGUCUGAGGAGCCGCGGCUCGGCGGGACUUGGCAGAAUGGGUAAAAAGAUAAAGAAGGAAGUAGAACCUCCUCCUGAGGAUGUGUUUGAUGCAGUAACAAUUGAAAGCAAAAAAGCAGCAACCGUGGUGUUAAUGCUUAAUUCUCCAGAAGAAGAAAUUUUGGCUAAAGCAUGUGAAGCCAUUUAUAAAUUUGCUUUAAAAGGUGAGGAAAAUAAAGCAACCAUCCUUGAACUUGGAGCCGUGGAGCCUUUAACAAAACUGCUCACCCAUGAAGACAAAAUUGUAAGAAGAAAUGCCACUAUGAUACUUGGAAUCCUGGCAUCUAAUAAUGAUGUUAAAAAAUUGUUAAGGGAGUUAGAUGUCAUGAAUUCUGUUAUCUCCCAGCUCGCUCCAGAAGAAGAAGCAGUUAUCCAUGAGUUCGCUAGUCUUUGUCUAGCAAACAUGUCUGCUGAGUAUACCAGUAAAGUGCAAAUAUUUGAACAUGGCGGAUUAGAGCCCCUCAUCAGACUCCUGAGUAGCCCAGACCCUGAUGUCAAGAAGAAUUCUAUUGAAUGCAUUUACAAUUUGGUACAGGAUUUUCAGUGUCGAACUACACUUCAAGAACUAAAUGCAAUCCCUUCUAUAUUAGAUCUCUUGAAGUCAGAAUUUCCAAUUAUUCAGUUGUUGGCUCUCAAAACCUUAGGUGUUAUUACAAAUGAUAAGGAGUCCCGAGUAAUGCUAAGAGACAAUCAAGGAUUGGACCACCUUAUUAAAAUCCUAGAAACUAAGGAAUUGAAUGACCUUCAUAUUGAAGCACUUUCAGUGAUAGCCAAUUGCCUUGAAGAUACGGAUACCAUGGUGCUGAUUCAGCAGACAGGAGGUCUUAAAAUGCUCCUAACAUUUGCAGAAAACUCUACAGUUCCUGACAUUCAGAAGAAUGCAGCAAAAGCAAUUACUAAAGCAGCCUAUGAUGCUGAAAAUAGAAAACUUUUUCAUGAACAAGAGGUUGAAAAGUGCCUUGUAACCCUUUUGGGAUCUGAAAAUGAUGGAACUAAAAUCGCUGCUUCCCAAGCGAUUUCAGCAAUGUGUGAGAAUUCAGGCAGCAAAGAUUUUUUCAAUAAUCAGGGGAUUCCACAGUUAGUUCAGUUGCUAAAAAGUGACAAUGAGGAGGUAAGAGAAGCUGCAGCUCUAGCCCUGGCCAACCUGACCACUUGCAGUCCUGCAAAUGCAAAUGCUGUAGCAGAAGCUGAUGGUAUUGAUCCAUUAAUACAUACUCUGUCUAGCAAACGAGAUGGGGCCAUUGCCAACGCUGCUACAGUCUUAACAAACAUGGCUAUGCAGGAGCCCCUGCGCGUGAGCAUCCAGGGCCACGACAUCAUGCACGCCAUCGUCAGCCCGCUGUGCUCUGCAAACACGGCCGUGCAGAGCAAAGCCGCCCUCGCCGUCGCUGCAACUGCGUGCGACGUGGAGGCCCGGACAGAGUUAAGAAAUUCUGGUGGACUGGAGCCCCUUGUAGAGCUCCUGCGCUCAAAGAAUGAAGAAGUCAGAAGGCACGCCAGCUGGGCCAUCGUGGUCUGUGCCAAUGACGAGCUGAUGGCCGUUGAAUUAUGCAGGCUCGGGGCUUUAGAUAUCCUUGAAGAAGUUAAUCUAUCAGUAAGUCGAAAAAAUAAAUUCAGUGAGGCAGCUUAUAACAAACUGCUCAACAAUAAUCUUUCCCUGAAGUAUAGCCAGACUGGCUAUUUGUCAUCAAGUAACAUAAUUAGUGAUGGAUUCUAUGAUUAUGGUCGGAUAAAACCCGGCACCAAAUUUUUGUCUUUGAAGGAGCUCUGCUUGCAAGAACCAAGUGAUCUACAUACUGUACUCUUAAUUAACAGUAAAUUUUCUGAUGUUUCUCCACCUCCAUCUAUGGAAGAUAAAUCAUCAGAUGUUGGUUAUGGACGAAGUAUUUCUUCUUCAUCUUCCUUAAGAAGAGCAAGUAAAGAAAAGGCCAAUGCUGGACUUGUAUCUCCCACGGAAGGGCUGGACUUGUAUCUCCCCGUCCCUACUUCUGGACGAAAUACUGUUCUUAGCAAAAGUGCCACUAAAGAAAAAGGAUUGAGGAAAGGCAGAGGGAAAAAAGAAGAGGAAAAAGUAAAAGAGGAGGAAGAGGUUAUAAUUGUACCAAAAUUGGUUGGCGAAGGAAGCUCUGACAAAGAAUGGUGCUGUCCCUCUGACCCUGAUUUCUGUGUUUAUGUGUCUGAAGUAACCAAAUCAAUACUGCCCAUAAUCAGUAUUAGAGAACAGAUUGAGGUUCUUGCAAAGUAUGUGGCAGAAAAAAUGGGUGGUGAGAUUUCAAAAGAGAAGCUACAUGAUUUUAGCUGGCAACUUCACAUAAGUGAACUAAAAUUUCAACUUAAGUCCAAUGUCGUACCAAUUGGAUAUAUCAAAAAAGGAACCUUCUACCAUCGAGCUUUGCUUUUCAAGGCUCUGGCGGAUAAAAUCGGUGUUGGCAGCUCUCUAGUUCGAGGGGAGUAUGGCAGAGCUUGGAAUGAAGUCAAGCUGAUGAACGAAUGUCGUAAAGGAGUGAUUGGGGGCCUGCCCCCACCUGAAGUGUACAUUGUCGACCUCAUGUUCCACCCAGGUGGACUGAUCAAGUUAAAAAGUAGAGAGGCCGACCUUUACAGAUUUCUUUAA